GGAGCGGGCAGAUUCAGCUGUGGCAGUUUCUGUUGGAACUUCUUUCCGACACCAACAACACGAAUUGUAUCUCUUGGGAAGGAACUAACGGAGAGUUCAAACUGACAGAUCCUGAUGAAGUUGCUCGCCGCUGGGGGGAGCGCAAGUCGAAGCCUAACAUGAAUUACGACAAACUCAGUCGAGCCCUGCGAUACUACUACGACAAAAAUAUAAUGACUAAAGUACAUGGCAAGCGAUACACGUACAAGUUUGAUUUCCAUGGCUUGGCCCAGGCUUGCCAACCUAAUACAGGAGAAACCGCCGCCUACAAGUUCCAGUCUGACCUAUUCUUUCCAACAUACCACGUCCACACCUCUAAAAUGAACUAUUUGAGUGCUAGGCCUACAGGACUAACCGGUAACUCCCAGCCACCACUGUUUGGGUCAACAACAGUUCCUGGUCAUUACUGGUCAACUGGCGCAUCUGGAGCUUGUAACCUUAACCCAUACAUACCAGGUCAUGCAAUCCCACACCCUGGUCAUCGAGGGAAUGGAUUGGGAAGUUACUAUGCCUAAAGAGGAGGGAAGAGAGGGAGGUUAUAAGUUUGCACAGGGCCUAAUACUGGCUGUCUUUACAUAUGUAUGAAAGGAAUCGGAACACCGGAAGUUGGGAAUCGGAUGUAAAGACUGGAUAUUAACCAGACUGUUGCGAUCUUGACGAUGUGUAUUAGUUUUUGCUGGUGUUGGUGUAAAAUGCAUUAUUUUGUAGCAAGUUUGAGAACGUAAACAAAAUCUGGUGUGGUGUCAUCGUUAUCUGUACAUAGUCCGUGAGCACAGUGUAAACAAUAGAUCAGAUUAGAAUGUUGUUUAGAUAUAUAUAUAUAAUUGUAAUGUAGUUAUAACCUAUACUGUAUUUUGGUUUUUCGUGUUUCACAUUAAUAAAAUCGAUAUUAACAUUUC